AUUUAUUUUAAUUAAAACCCCAAGUGUUAUUAUACCUUGGCCUCCCAGCUGCACAUCUGAGGCCAGACCCUCAAUUAAGUGGCGCAGUGCAAACCUCUCUGGGUUUGGCAGAGGCAUGGGGCGCUAUGUUUGUGCACCAAAUCUGCCAGCGUUGAAGUUUUGGAGGGUUUUUGGUGCAUGCUGGAGAGCUGGCGUCACUCCGGACAGGGCGGUGACUGGCUUGGGGGGAGCAAAGCCAGACCUUAUAUCCCAGCAGGGCAGCAGCGGGAGGAAAUCUGUGCCAGCUGACUCCGUGGAUAGCUCUCCGUGCUGCGGCAGGAGACAGCAGCCAUGAGGAGUGUCCUGGUGUUUGUCUGCCUGGUGGGGAUGGCGUGCACCUUCUCGGUCAAGAGCUGGCUGCGGCGACCCAAGCUGGAUGACUCGGAAGAGAACGCGGUUUUCAAGAGCCAGCACCGGCACUACCUGUACAAAUACAUCUACGUGUAUUCCCCGCAGCGACGGUACCAGGGCAGUGACUCAUCUGAGGAAGAGGGGGAUGGCUCAGAGGAGGAGGAAGAGGGGGAGCCAUUUUAUGCUGGCACCAAGGCAGCUGGACACCCCGCUGGAGUAGCCCCUGAGGACUGCCAAGGUGCACUGACAGGAGAUGUCACAUCCCCCCAGCAGGGCAAGGGCUGCCAAAGGAUCGGGCAGAGGACUGCCAGCAAGAAGGAAGACUCUGAAAAUGAAGACAGUGAUGAGAAUGAGGAGAAUGAGGAGGACGAAGAAGUAGAUGAGAAUGAGAAUGGUGUCAAUGGCACAAGCACCAAUACCACAGAGAGUAUUGGACCUCAUGGCAAUGGCACUGUGGUGGCUCAGGAGGGCACUGGUGAAGCUGAGGAAGAGGAGGAAGAGGAGGAGGAGGAAGAAGAAGAAGAAGAGGAAGAGGAGGAGGAAGAGGAAGCUGAAGCCACCACCAUUGCAAGCACCACCAAUGAAGAGGGUCUGACACAGGCGACCACUAUGGAUGACGGGGGACCCACAGAUGUCACCACAGAUGGCACCACAGCUGGGGAGCUGUGGGAGUAUGAUGUGACAGCCAGGGACCACAGCCGGGGGGACGAGGGCACCACUGAGGGUGGGUACGCGGAACAGGAUGAGUAUGCACGCGGGGACAGCUACCGGGCCUAUGAGGAUGAGUACGGCUACUACAAAGGGCACGGCUACGAUGUGUAUGGCCAGGAUUACUACUACAGCCAGUGAGCAGGGGGGACAGCCCUGCCAGCCCCAGCCACUCAGGAAGGUGCAUUUGAAAGCUCUGUGGAGCCACCGCAUGCCAGAGGGGAUGCCAGGCAUCUUUCCAUGCACAUUGGCUCCGUCCCAGGCUUUUUUUUUUUUUGUAUCUUGCCAAGUGAAAUGAAAUGAAAUGAAAUGAAAUGAAAUGAAAUGAAAUGAAAUGAAAUGAAAUGAAAUGAAAUAAAGCAACUGAACUGA